AUGGAGUGUAGAGUGCUCCUACUCAUCCUAACAUCCCUGGUCCUCCGGAGCUCGGGCGAACAUCACAUGAAGCAACAAGUCGAAAGGCGACAAUCCAGCAACAAAGACACCCCCAUCGUAGUCGCCAACUGGUGCGCCGACGAUGUCUAUCCAGCCAUGUUGACACAGAGCGGCGGCGGGCCCACCGAACACGGCUUGCGCUUACAGUCCGGCGAGAACCAAACGAUCUACGUUAGCGACGACUGGCAAGGCCGUGUUUGGGCGCGCACGAACUGCUCUUUUGACGACAGCGGACAAGCUCAGGGCGGCAGUGGCUCAGCGUGCAGCACUGGCGAUUGCGGAGGGGCAUUGGGAUGCCAGAUCGCGGGCGCUCCUCCGGCUACCCUUGCGGAGUUUACGUUGCACGGCGGGAUGGAUCAGACUUACUACGACAUCAGCUUGGUCGAUGGCUACAAUUUGCCUCUGGCGAUCGUGAUGCUUGCGAACGGGAACAGCGAGCUGGAGCAGAUGCAGGGCAGUAAGACCAACCCUUCCUGCGUCGGCAGCGUGGGCGAUCUCGCACCCCAAAACUUCGACCCGUAUAAGAACGGCCAGCAAUUCCUCGGCACCAGCUCCAACAACCCAAUGCCAUUCGAGACCAAGACGACCUCAGACGACGUCGAGCAGUGGUGCCCGUGGGAUCUCCAAGUCGACGCACCAACCGCACCCGGAAAUGGCAUCUAUCCUUACCCCGACGGUAACGUCCAGAGACCCGUCUUCGACCCAUGCCUCUCGGCCUGCGCCAAGUACAGCGAAGACCAAUACUGUUGCACCGGCAAAUACGAUGGUCCAAGCCAAUGCUCGACCAACUACUACGCCAAGGCGGCAAAGUCUGUGUGUCCGGACGCCUAUUCCUACGCCUACGACGACCAGGACAGCACGUUCAUUAUCCCUGAGGGCGCUGGGUUUCAGGUCAUCUUCUGUCCGGGCCGAGCAGGGGUGGACAGUCUUCCGGAUCUUCUUCAAGCGGCUCAUUGUCAGAGUUGCGACUCGGAAAGCUAG